AAAGUUGGGAGGAAAUAGCCCAGGAAAAGUGACACUCGCGGAGCCCGCCGGAGCGCGGAGGAAAUAAAAGCGGCGGCGGGCAGGAAGUGUGAGGAGGAGGAGGAGGAAGGGGAGAAGAAGGAGGCGGAGGAGGAGGAAAAAAAAGAAGAAACAGCAGCAGCCGCUGCCGCCGCGGCAGAAAAGAAAGCAAAAGCCGCCCGAGGGCUCGGAGCCGGCGGCGCGGCAUCCGCGGGGCUGCGCGGCGCGGCCAUGGCCCGGGAGAACGGGGACGGCGGCGGCUCCUGGAAGAAGCAGGCGGAGGACAUCAAGAAGAUCUUCGAGUUCAAGGAGACGCUGGGGACCGGUGCAUUCUCUGAAGUUGUUUUGGCUGAAGAGAGAGCGAGUGGGAAACUCUUCGCAGUCAAAUGCAUUCCCAAGAAGGCACUGAAGGGAAAGGAAAGCAGCAUAGAGAAUGAAAUCGCAGUGCUGAGAAAGAUCAAGCAUGAAAAUAUAGUUGCUCUGGAAGACAUCUAUGAGAGUCCGAACCAUUUGUAUUUGGUCAUGCAGUUAGUGUCUGGGGGAGAGCUCUUCGACCGCAUUGUGGAGAAGGGGUUCUACACGGAGAAGGACGCCAGCACCCUGAUCCGGCAGGUCCUGGACGCUGUGUACUACCUGCACCGCAUGGGCAUCGUGCACAGGGACCUCAAGCCUGAGAACUUGCUGUACUACAGCCAGGAUGAGGAGUCAAAAAUCAUGAUCAGUGACUUUGGAUUGUCGAAGAUGGAGGGUAAAGGAGAUGUGAUGUCCACAGCCUGCGGAACUCCUGGCUAUGUUGCUCCUGAAGUGCUGGCUCAGAAGCCCUACAGCAAAGCUGUGGACUGCUGGUCCAUCGGGGUCAUUGCCUACAUCCUGCUCUGUGGAUAUCCCCCUUUCUAUGAUGAAAACGACUCCAAACUCUUUGAGCAAAUCCUUAAGGCAGAGUAUGAGUUUGACUCUCCAUACUGGGAUGACAUCUCUGAGUCUGCUAAAGACUUCAUUCGGAAUUUGAUGGAGAAGGACCCUAAUAAAAGAUACACCUGUGAGCAAGCAGCACGGCACCCUUGGAUCGCUGGAGAUACAGCACUCAACAAAAACAUCCACGAGUCGGUCAGCGCUCAGAUCCGGAAGAACUUUGCAAAAAGCAAAUGGAGACAAGCGUUCAAUGCCACGGCAGUCGUGCGGCACAUGAGGCGGCUACACCUCGGCAGCAGCCUGGACAGCGCCAGCGCCAGCGUGUCCAGCACCCUCAGCCUCGCCACGCCGCUCCCCGAUGCAGCCACACGGAAAGACUGUAUGUCUCCAUCCACUCUCUGUAGUUUUGUUUCAUCUGCUUCUUCAGGCGUUUCUGCGGUAGGAGGGGACCGGAGACCCAGAGCCACCACAGUGACCACAGUGCACACAGGGAGCAAGUGAGCGCCGGGGCGAGGAGCGGGCAGGCGGCGGGGCGGGGCUGGCAGGCGGCCUCGGCCGUCCCGCCCUGCUCGGCCAAGGACUAGAAGAAAGAAGAUUUUUUUUUAUGGCCAUAUUUUAUACUGCAAUUCUGAAAUGUUUCAUUUAUCACAAACUGCAAUGACUCCAGGAGGAACGGAAUCUAACAGUCUCUGGUGCUGUACAUAUAUAUAUACAUAUAUAUAUAUAUAAAUAUAUAUAUGUAUGUGAGUCUAGCAAUGUUCUAACUAAUGAACACUCAUUCUUUUCCCCAGUGAUUUACUCUUUUCUCAGUGUAGGUAACAGUAUAUGUUGUAUUUUUUUCCAUUAACUACAAACAUCUCAACUGGAUUAUUUAAAUAGAAAUACUUUCCUAAGAAUAUUUUUUUCUUUUAAAAAUUACUUCAAGUAAUGUCCCUCUUCCAGUUUGCUGGGGGAUAGCUAUUUCUGUAGGUAGGAAUUGGCAUUAACUUUGCAGCUUGGGAGGAUUUCAAUGGCAUGCCAUUUCUUGCUCCUCAAAUAGGACUGCAAAUCUGUCUGGCUUUAGCAGAGCUGUUACUGCUCAAAUUAAGAAGCUGCUGCUUUCCCCCCAUCCUCCUCCUUGAAAGCCAUGGGGAGAAUUAAAUUGCCUCCAGCUGGGAGUCAGCUCAUCCUUGGCCUCAUUCCUGUCAUGCUGGGAAUCAGAAGAGAGGCAGGUACACGGAGUCAGGCAGGAGCUGACCAGAGCUGUGCAAGGGAAACGACAGAGCACGGUCUCAUCCUGCAGCCCCCAUCUCCUUCGAGGCGCUGUGUGUUGUGAGCAGAGGGAAAAAAAAGGAAGAUACAGGGGUGGGAAUCAUCAUCCUCUGCCACUGAUUUGCUGUGCUGUCCUCAAGCAAGACAUUUAAUUCACCAGCCUCCCCCCAGUGUGGCCUCUGGCAUGGUGUGCAUCCAGCCCAAGGGCUUCAUGAGAGAGAUUCCCAGCAAGCACAGCUCCUUGGGGCUUUGCCUGGCAUCGCUGAUGCUCAGCACCUCCCAGAAUAGCCAAAAGUAGGGAGAGGAGAGGAGGGGUGCUUGAAGCCCUCUGUAAAGCACUGGCAGGUUCUUGGGUGCAAAAUGCAGGAUCUGGUGUAGUGUAGCUCCACGAUGGUCUGGCUGAGGGUUGACAAGGAGUGCUCAGCUGGGAAAGCAGCACCUCGCUGAAAGGCACAGGCACAGUGGUGGCAGUGGCUCUCCCUCUUCCCCAGGAGCUCAUAUACCAAAGCAAGCCAAAUUUACCCAUUUUUUAAUUACUGAAUGCAUGCAUUCCCCAGGCUCUUUGUGCUGGUGCAUCUUUCAGGAACAGCCACCAAAACUGCUGUGCUGCUGUGCAUUAAAGCAGCUUGAAACAGAGAGGGGAGCAAAUUUGCUCAAUUUGCUGAAGGGCUCCCUCCAGGUUACCUCAAUGAAAUUCUCAUCUGAUUUUGCUUUGAGAAAGUGAGAGGGGAGGCAGGUGGCAAAGGCAGACGCCCUUCAUUGGGCACUCUGAGCCCCUCACAUCCCAGACAGGUCCAUCCCUGCCAGAGGCACAAUUCCCUGCAGUGUGCUCUGUCACCACACUUGCCUCACUUAUCCUGCACAAGAAAUUGUGAAAGCCAGUCACAGACAGAGCUGAAUGUAUCAAGCAACAGUGCUUGUGCUGGUAAAAGCCAUAAGAUACGUAUUUUUCAUCAAGACUUCUAUAUCCUGCUCCAGCUUUGGUUGGUUGGCUUCACAUGGCAGAGGGAUUUCAUCCAUCAUACCAAAAAAAAAAAAAAAAACAAAAAAAAAAAAAAAAAAAAAAAAAACCAAAAAAAAAAAAAAAAAAACAAAACCUUGGGGCAAAGAGAAAAGCUGGAAAGGCAGGUGGCAGUGAGCACUGACUCUGUUUGAAAUAGCCUCUCCUUCGGUGGCACUUGGAGCUGUUGCACCAAGUUUCUCUAGCUUCCUCUGUGUUAAGUUUCUCCCUGUUUUCAGAGGUUUGUGGCACAUCUGAGUGAGCCCCAUGUGCACCCUGUGCACCCCACCGUGCUGCAGCUGGCAUGGAUGCUCACACAGGAAAGGCUUUAACCUCAAUUUCUCAUUUUAGGAAAGAUAGCAGAUACUAAACUGUUGGGGGCUUACAGCAAUACUCCUCAUAAUUUCCACAGUGAAAACUUCUGACCAAGAUUUGGGCAGACUGAAGGUCAUGGGACCUCCUUGCUGCAAGUCACACUCCUGUCCCCACACCCUGGCCAUUGCCACCAUACACUUUUUAUUAUCAUUUACAUCUGAGCUCUUUAUGUCUUGCUGCAAAAGCAUCAAAACACAAGUAGAACACAAUUUAAAUUCAGUCUAAGGCCACUUUAUUUUACCAGCCUGAGUAAGGAAGUUUUAGUUUUGGGAGACUCCAACCCUAAGAAAUUCAAGGUAUUUUGCACCCCCAUGAUUCAUAAGCACAGCUGGCCCUAUUCUGCUCCAGUUGCAGGUUGUAAAUAGACAGUCUCCCAGUUUGGCAUCAGUGGAGUUCCCCACAUUUACACAUGUGCAACCAAAAGUAGGAUUUAGUUAGGGAAUAGUUUUGUCUCUGUAGAGCAUUUUUAAAGGUUAGGGCUCAAAUGUUCCCUCUGUGCCUCCUCUUCUGAAACCUGAGGUCUGGUUUGAACUUGACCUCAGCAGUUGCUGUGGCCACUGAUCAAAAUACAGCGUCCAAAUGAAUCUUGCAGAAAAAAGAAAAGCAAAUGGAUUUCCAUCUCCAAAACAAAGAGCAGUGACAGGAGCAAAGGCAGACAUGCUGUCCUGCAGAUGGGGGGUGCCCAUGCACUGGCUGCCCCUCCUUGCUGGGUGCUUUCUGUGUGGUUUUUUUUUUUUUUUUUUUUUUUGAUGGGAGGUGUAUUCUUUCCUUCCAUUGUUGGAAUUAGUGUGAUUUGGUUUUGUUUCUGCAAGUAAUAUUCUGCCUUGGUUGUGUAAUUUAUCAUCAUUCUCUGUGGCUUGCUAUCAACUGCUGGGAUCAUAAGAUAAAAAAACAGAAGCACUUAAGAGCAAAAUUGUUUCUUUCUGCUACAGUUUUGGUGGUGGGCAGCUCUUCUUUGGUAUCAGUGAAACACAGCUGGAGACCUGACCCAGGUUCACCAAAUGCUUAGAGACCUCUCCUGAAGCAUCACUUGGUUAAAACUUCUCAGUUUAAAUCUGGGUAAAUCUGUUAACAGGGGUGACUUGGCAGCACCCAGGCCAGAUCUGUGGGGGAGACAUUUGCUCCAUGGCAGCACAGCCUGUUAGGGCAAACACUCCAGCCUUGCUUACCAGGGAUGCUCCAGUGCUUUUGCAUGUCCUUCCCCUGCCCCAGCCCACUUCUGCUCAGCCACUCUCACAGGAGAAUGCAAAGGUAGAGAAAAUAAUGUGGGCAUAGGGGGAACAGCCGAAUAACCCCACAGUAGAAGCUUCAAAACAAAUCCCCAGCUGGCCUUGCCAUGAAGGACUAGGUAGAAAAAUCAUUCUGGGCUCUUUUCCAAUGAACUGUCCUGCUAAACAAUCUGUGAUUUGCUGCUUGCAUGAGGACUUCAGCCUGGACUCUGUUACCCUUUUCUGCUUUACUGGUACCAAUGGGUUUUUCCUUUGUAACUCGUUUUCCUCAGCUCCUUCCCCUUCUUUUUCUUUGCUUGCAGCUUUGAUUGUUGAUUUUUACCUCCAGAGUCACAGAGGCCAUCUCUGAUGUCAACAGCAGUGCUCUUGCUGGGAAAACAAAACAAAAAAAAAUCCAGAAAAGCUCCAGCUGGCCCCUUAGCCUGCAGAAGAAGUUGUGAGGACAGGCUGCCCGUGAACUCUGCGAGCUGAAAGUCAGUAUUGCAGUGGCAAGGGCUUCUGCUGAUGAUUUUGCAUGUGACUUCAUUCCCAGUGCAUCCUAACUCUCUGCUGGAUCACCCCUUCUGCAGCACAAAAAUGGAUAUUGGCCCUGCAACACGCCUGGUGGGGAAGUAGGAGUGUGGGGAAAACCUGGCAGUGUUGCUUUCCUGAGACUGUGUCACUCUGCUGCUGCUGCUGUCUCCUCUGUCCUUGUUGCUGUUGUACAGGUGCCACUAGAAUAGUGGGUACAAAAAAAAAAAAAAAAAAAAAAAAAGGUAGGAUUUUACCUAUGCCUUGUGUGUGUGUUAUGGUUGUGGUGCUGAAAUAAAACCAAGAAAUUUGGUUCAUUCCUGACACGAAUCAAACCACAAAAAGGGGUGUGAUCCCACUGGUAGACAUCUCCAUGUAGUUCUGCUGUAGGUAAUGAAUAGGGGUUUCUGCUGUGCAUGUGUCCUGCAUACCUUCAUGGCUAUUGACAGUAUUUUUUUUUUUUAUUACUAGUUAUUUUGGGUCCCUGCCUGGUUCUGAUGAAAUUCAGGUCUUGUCCUAAGGGUUUUUUCUGUCCCAGGGCCAGCAUAACCCCUGAUCUAAGGCUUUUCUCCCCAAACCCUCUGCAAACCAGAACAUGGGCCUCCAGGCUGCCCAUGAAAUGCAGUUGCAGCUGGCCCCAAGGUUGUCCCCUUCCUAUUUUUAGGGAAGCAAACUGCCAGAGAAAGCCAGAUAGCUUUCAGCCAUUGGCAAGCAGAGAGGAUAUUGCCCUUUGAUGUGAACUUGGCAUUAACAAGAUCAGCUCUAGGGAAACCUGUGCUAUUACUUCCUCCUGUGAUAACAGCUCCAGCCCUGAGCAGCACUGAAUGAGCACCAGAUAAAAACACCAGACUGACUUUGCCAGCAAGAUCAUGCAGGCUAUAGCCUGUUCCUUUUGCUCUUUCCAAAGAAUAAGGGGAUUCACCUACUGGCAAAAUAAGUUUCUAGGCUUAGUCCCAAGGUACAGAAGUAGCUUCCAUUCAGCAUAUGGAAAUUCUCAUUUGAUGCAAUUAUUCCUGCUCUUGCUGCCAUGAAUAUUUACCUGUCUGAAUGGCGGGGGGGGAGGGGGUAAAUGCAUUCCAGAAAUUAUUAAUGGGAAGGAUGUUUUGCCUUUCUUAUUGUGCUUAUUUGCUCCAGAAACACCAAUACUCAUUCAAGCAAAAAGCAGAAACACACAUGGAGUCUACGGUAUCCAAGGAAAACAGCAUCAAGACCAAGAGUGGAGGAUUAGUUGGCAAAUCACUGUCAGCAAUAGCUGAGUGAGGGAACAGCAACCUGCUCACAAACACUGCAUGAACUCUUAUUUCCCCUGGUAAAUCAGUCAUCCCAGAUUUCAUGCCCAGCAGCAAGUUUUACCCAAUCCCUUUUGUUUUCCCUCACAUUCCUGCAGCAGGGUCCUGCCUCCCCAGCCUGUCUGCAGGGUGCUCUGCUCUCUGUGACACACGAGUGUUUUUGUGUGUGCACGUGCGCGUUGUGGACCCAGGGAUCACAGAUCCCUCCGGUGGGUCAUCAGGAGUUGGUCCGGGUUUUUUGGUCUGACUUUGCGUGGCUGGGUCAAAGCUGUGUAAAUAGUGUUUGUAGCAGAGGAUAGAGGCUCUAUAGCCUGGACUCUGGAUUUCAAAGUCCCCUUGCCCACCACAAAUAGUGCCACUUAUCUGUCCAGGUAGCUUUUUUUCCCCCCUCCUCUUCAUAAAUGCUAAGGUCAGUCGAAUGGCUCUCACAGUUUUUCCAUACUCCAGAGUGGAAUCAGGGCAUGUGUGCUCGCAAGCGUUGUGAAAAAACACUGCUGAACUAAUGAUGGCAUCAACUGUCCAAUAAAUGCAUGAUACUGCACUGCAUGUAUUAAACUGCUGUUCACUGGUUCUGUAUUUCCCAAGCCUUUUCUUUAUCCACAUUCAACCCAACCUUCUCUCUGAGGAAAUUACUUCCAUAUAUUGCUUUUAAAUGACUCAAUGUAUCUGUAACUCAAAAUCCAUUGUUAAGUAAAUGCAAAAGCUGAUGUUUUGUAAACAAGAUAUUGCAAAGCCUGGUAAUGUAUUUUGUCUUUCUGUUGAGUGCUCUGCAGCAUGUACAGGAAGAGUCACCAUCCAGAGCAGCUUAAAAUUAGGCAGCAGUCACAUACAGAGAUACAGAAGCAGGGAGCUGGGGAGGUGAGAAUCCCUUUUUUAAUACAACAGUUACAAGUUUGAUCCGAAUCAAAAAUUCCUUCCCUGGGUCACUGACUCAGAGCUGCCAAGAAACAUGUUGGUGUGUCUCUUUUUUUUUUUUUUUUUUCUUUUGGUUUCCUAGUGAAAAUUCAGAUUGGUUCACUCAAUUCUUAGUAUUUUUCUCUUCCUGUAAGAUAGUUCUUUCUCACCUGUUGCAGAAUGAACUGCAUUUUGGGGACCAAGAUGCUGUGAUUCUUUGCCUGCACAAAAUAGGGCAGAGAGCUGAGCUAAACUAUCCCAUCCUUUCCAAAGCAUCACCACCUAAAUACUACCAUUUAAUCCCUGAACCUCCAGGUGAUACCAUUUAUCCAUGGAAGAGUUUGGUGUAGUACUUUUCCUUCUUCCACAUGGAAACCAUGCCCUUGCCUUCUCUUCCCUUAGUCAUUGACCCAUUUUCAUCUGUGCUGGUCUUUCCAAGGCAGGGUACAGGAUUGCUCCAGCCCAAACCUCUUGUGGGCAUCACCAGGCCUUUGGUCCCAGUUCCUCAGUGGCUGCUGUGUGGAAAACCCUUGAAUUCCCAACAUUCAAAGCAGAAUCAUCUGAAGGAGCUGGGAAUUGCUCUGUGUUCCUGGCAAGGGCAUGCCAAGCAGCAGGCCUGGGGAGCAAGCAUCAUGCUGGUGGCAUAGUCCUUGGAAAUUAUUCUCCAUGGUGAGAGACACCAAGAAGUCCUUGAGCCCCACUUCAAGGCUGGUGCUCAGCCAGGGCUGUGCCAUUGCCAAAUCACUGUAUGGCAGCACAACAAACCAUCAGUUACAGCUGUCAACCAGCCUGAGUUCAGAUUGCUGAGGCAGCACCUGGUGUGAGGCUCCACGAGGAGGUGGAUGUGUGCUGUGGUUCCUGAUGGGUGGGAGCUCCUAGGGGGUUGCUCGGAGCAGCUCUGAGCUUUUCCAUCUCUCAUCUUGCAUCCCCUGAGCCCAGCAUGGCAUCACACAUGCUGAGUCUUAUUAGAUCAAGCAUGACCCCCAAAGUGAAGAGUGUGCAAGGUUGCAGCUCAGUUGGUGCGACUCAUGUUUUGGUCAACACAACAUCAGUGACGUGGUGUACAUUGACCUGUAGUUGAGAAACAAUAUUUUGGCCCAUUUGGGCCUUUUUUAAGAUAGAUAUUUUAUUUGAGCCAGAAAACAGUGGGGAAAAAAGAGCCUAGUCUGCCCAGAAUAGUGACUCCCCAAAUAUCCCCAACUGCAAAACAUCCCUCAGUUGACUUCUAAUGAAAAUGCAAGCAUGUUUUCUACAAAGGCUUUAAUCUUAAUCAAGGAAUGUCAGUGUGCCUAAUAUUGCAGGUCUUGUGAUUGAUAACAAGUUCAUAACAGCAUCCAUGUCCAAAAAAGAAGGGAGAAUGUGUAUUUACUCCAUGCAUGUAUUAAGGCAUUGCAAAAGUUUUAUCUGCGUAAUGAGUUUGCAGUUCUGCAAAUUGUUAAUGGGGCUACAUCGCAAGUGGUUCUCUGCCUUGACAAUCAUGUAUACAUAUCGAGAUUUCUAUCAUAAUGACAAUUUAAAGGGAUGACUAAUUGUUUUCCUCCAAUAAAUCCAAUUAAAUCA